CCCACUUGUCUUGAGAAGUCUCGAGCUCCGGUAUCUGAUUGGCACGUGGUCCAUCAUCAGUGAACAGCGGCAACUGUGGCAGCAGAGCUGAUAAGUCAUUCAUAUGGAGGAUGAUAGCCGUGGUCCAGCUGAUGUUGUCUAGGACAAGAGUCACGUGAUGUAUGAAGGCAAACACAUACACUUCUCAGAGGUGGACAAUAAGCCGUUGUGCUCGUACAGCCCAAAGCUCUGCAAGCAGCGCAGACUUAAUGGCUAUGCUUUCUGUAUCCGGCACGUUCUGGAGGACAAGACAGCCCCCUUCAAACAAUGCGAAUAUGUGGCUAAGUACAACAGCCAGAGAUGUACCAACCCCAUCCCCAAGUCUGAGGACCGCAGGUACUGUAACAGCCACCUUCAGGUCCUCGGCUUUAUCCCCAAAAAGGAACGAAAAAAGAAGCAUGAUGCAUUGGAGGAAAUGCGCUCACGGGCUCACCUGGAGUCAGUGGCACUUAACAUAACUGUUCCCUCUUUAGCUCUGAAAGCUCCCAAUGGUCUUGAUGAACUUCCACCAUCUCCCCCUUGUACUCGUCUGUUACCCCUCCCUGAUGGGGAACUCCCAGACCCUUUUGCCUUUUACGAGGAUGACACUGAUGGGGAGGAGGUGGUUACUCCUCGGAAGGGUAACUCCAUCAAGAAGAAACUACAGAGUCGGCUGGUGCUCAACCAGAAACUCUGCCAUAAUACGGACCUCUUUCAGCCACCUUCUGAGCACUUUAGCCCCUCCCCUGUCCCCCGUGUCCACCCCUCCUCACCUCUCAACACUCAUCUCCCACGGCAGCAGUCAGGUAUUCUUCAGCCACCCCAGCACUCCAAUGUGACUUCCUUCAUCUUCCCAGGACAGCAGCAGGGUUUAUUAUGCAAUCCACCACCACCUCAGACAGUCAACUUUCUGCCUCCAGGGAUGCCCGCUAAUGCAGCACCCAGUCCAGUGCAACCUUCUGGGCCAUCACUGAGCAGGAAAAUGCCUUUCACUGCUACUCACUUGCCCGUCCGUUGCAAGGACAGUGUCGGUAACAGUCAGCGGCAAGUGGUUGUCAUGCGUCCAACUACCUUCUCACCUUCUGCCAGCUGUUUAGCCAGGUUACAACAUCUGGUGCAGCUCUGUGCCAAGAGACAUCGGGAAUAUGGAGACCUCUUUCCACAUCUAGGUUUGGACUGGUCAGAAGACAGUGCUGAUGAUGAUGGUGUUGAUGAAGAAGAGGCACAGAAAUGUAUGCCUUUUCAGACCUCUUGGAAACCACAGAAUGGGUUGGAAAGCGACUGUAGUUCCUCACGGAGAAUGCGUUUACUGAGGCUUUGCUCAUACCUCCGGGAGAAAUACAAGCACAUGUGUAGGCAGGAGAGGGCGAUUAUCCGACAAAAACGAUAUGGUUAUGCCUUCCGCAAAGCUUUGCUACAUGCUGCUGGUAACAACCCAGACUGUGCUGGCCAGCUCAUCCAGGAUUUUGGUGGUGCCUCUCGAAGCUCCACAAGUGUUGCUCCAGCAAAGCAAGAGAACACAGAAACGGGGACCUGCACAGGCAGCACUAAGGGCCAGGCCUGCAGCAACAGAGCUCUGCCUUUUACUCAACACUGCUUUCAGCACAUUCUAUUGAAUCGUUCCCAGCAGCUCUUUGCUAGUUGCACAGCCAAAUUUGCAGAUGGUCAGCAGUGCUCCAUCCCUGUGUUUGAUAUCACGCAUCAGACACCCCUCUGUGAAGAGCAUGCCAAAAAGAUGGAUAACUUCCUACGUGGGGACGGAAACCGACGUGUGCAGCACCAGCAACAGCGAAAGCCACGUAAAAAGACCAAACCACCGGCACUCACCAAAAAACACAAGAAGAAGAGGAGGAGAGGGCCACGACGGCCUCAGAAACCCAUCCCUCCGGCGCUGCCACAGGGGAACCUGGGAAUGCCUUCUAUAAGCCUAACAAUGCCCUCACAGGCCAGCAUUAGGAGCCCUUCAACUCCAGACCUGAGUACCGAAGAGCUUCCUGAUGACAUCACCAACGAAAUGGCAGACAUUCCAAAUGACCUUGAGCUAAACCAGGAGGAUUUCUCUGAUGUGUUACCCAGACUACCCGAUGACCUGCAGGACUUUGACUUGUUUGAAGGUAAGAACGGCGAUCUCCUGCCCACCACAGAAGAGGCUGAGGAGCUGGUGCGAGCACUGCAGGCAAUGGGGUCCUACCCAGACUCUUUAGUGUGCCUGACCUCAAUGGCGGACCUGGCCCCAUCUGAAGGCGUGGACCACCGAGCAUUGACUGUGUUCUCUGGUCCAGUUCAGCCGGGGAAUAUGGGGGAUCUGCUCAGCAGCCGCAUCCCUACAGAGAAUUAUACUAGUCUGGAGCUAGAGGACAACAUACUGCAGUCCGGUGGGGGACACUUUCCCCCCUCGCCUCCAUCUCAGCCCACAAAUCAGCCCCUGACGUCAUCCUCUUCUCCAGUAGCCUCCUCCACCACAUCACUGCUCACUCAGACCUCCAUUACAGAGCGAACGUUUUCUCGGACACACACAUCCCUUGUCAUGGCCAAGUCGGAUGCACCCACAUCAUCUCCUCAAGGCAGCCACUACAGCAGUGAGCAUGUUCCAUCCCCAUACAGUGACCACAUAUCUUCUCCCCAUGCCAGCUCCUUCCAGACUGACACGCCUCUGCUGCUGGAAGUCCCUCUCAGUGGAGUACCAGGAGCCCCACGCUCAUCAUGGAAUAAUCUCACUCUUCCCCUCACCGACCCCACACAGUUUGGCAAUCUCAUAGGAGCAGAAAGUCAUCUCAUAUCCACCUCUCUAUCCACUCCCCCAGCCACCACCACACACUCUGUGACGCUGCAGCCCAUGGCUGCCCUCUCAGCAAUGCCUCAGAGCGGCAUGACAGGUUUAACAACUCCCCCCGCCCCCUCGUCCUCCCUCCCCUCAUCCUCUCACGAUCUUCUGAACUCCACACAGCCCAAGCAACAGCUCCCUCAAUUCAGUGCGGCCUUUGGCCAUCAGUUGGCCUCCCACAGUGGCAUUCCGAAAGACGUUCAACCUAGCCACAGCUCCACAGCGCCUCCUGCUGGCUUUUCCGUAGUUAGUGCCACUGCUGCAAGUGCCAACAGCGCCACACCACCGUUCACGCAGAGCAAAUGAGGGCAGGGCGGCCUGCAGCUGCUUAACGAUGGCCCGUGGACUCGAUCCUACCACCACCGUCGACUGGCUUCAAAACGACCAACCUUCGUCACCUGCAACACGUGUGCAAUGUGGUUAAAGUGCACUAUUUGACAAAAGAAUUUGCACAACCUCAGAUUUCCCUCUAAUUUAAUUAGUUUGCUCUGUAGCCAGGCGACCUCUGGGGUUUGAAGUAGGCGCGAGUCCACACGUUUGAUGCCUUGUGGUUUCGUCAGCGGGAGUUUAGAGUCGGACGUCGCAGAUCUUGUGCUGAAAUAAACGGGUGGAAAUUGGUAGAAUGUUUGAAGAGAUUAUCUGUGUCACAGUGCUAUCAGUCAGUGGUCAGUUUAGUUUGCUUUGCCAGUCAAAAGUCCUUAAAAUGAUCAACUGUGCUCUGCCUUGCUCAGAUGGCCAUUGCAUUUUUGUUUUUUGUUUUUUCCCACCUUUUCCAUACACUGCUUCUGUCUCCCCCCACCCCCCGAAAUCAAAUAGAAUUUGUGUUAUUUGUGACCUAUUAUGUUUCAAGCUAUGUAACUGUUAUGAUAUAGAAUCUUACGGAGUCAGAUAUCACAGUCAUGAAUUUACCAAAAAUACUUUUAAACAGCUGUUUUUAUAUUGUGUAUAAUAUAUAUGUGCUAAUUUAAAUGUUUGCUCAGACAUCAAAAUCUCUGACCUCACCGUUGGUUGUGGGUCUUUGAGUGGCCUCGUAGACACUUGAAGAUAAACAUAGUUUCUUAAAGCAAUAAUCACAUUAACUCUAGCAUUGUAAGAUAUUUUAUUGGUCUCACUCUUUCAUGUAGCGUCACUUGUUGAAUCUGGGAUUCGUUCAGUAUAUUUUCCACGCUCACACAGUUGAACUCAAAACGAGAGAAUAUACAAACUCAUGAUCAGGUCAGUCGAACUCGUUUGAAAUCAAGUGGAGUCGUGAGGCCAAUAAACAACAUUCAGUGUUAUAGAAAGGACGACAAAGGAGUGAUCCAGGGACUUUAAGUGUCUGCUAUCAAAGGUGCUCUCUGAUCCAGAUGUACAAUGGUCUCUACUGACUUGCAUGUCUCAUGAAAGGAUUCCGAGGAAACCCACUUUAAUAUGUCGAUGCCGCUACUUUGAAAAGGCUAAGGCAGUGAAUUGGCACUGGAAAAAUUCUUUUACUUAUUAGCUCAGUGUAAUGUGAUGGUAUUAAUCGAUGUGGUGUUGAGCACAUCGGGGCGAAGCACCGUCUGUUUUACUUGGUUAAGAAAGGUUUUAAAGCUAAGUAACGCAAACCAAGGGGCGGUCUGGAUUUUAAAAAAAUCGGAGGAUUCAGCGAUGCAUCGGUGACUACACAUGUGACUGACCUGUCAGACAUUGUUGAGUAUUAGGUAUGUAAUAGAGUAGCAGUCUCCAUCAUGGGGUUUGUUGGUGAAUUACUGAGUAGCAAUGGAUUGAAAUUAUUUACAAUGUAUUCAGUGGAACCUGUCUUGUUGAACGAGUCUCUUGCUUUCAAUGGCUAUCAAAAGUCGGAGGGAUCAACGUUUGUUUGCCGUCACUUUUGUUUUUAAUGAUGUUCUGAUGGAGAAUAUCUUUGAUAGCUGCGAAACGUAAGGAAAAUAAUUCCGAGAUCAUUCAGAGCAGUGGCCUUUUUGUUUGAGAGCAUUAUAAUAUGGAUAUUAGAUCAAGGUCACUCAGCUUUGAUUCUCAGUGACAUGAGGCAAUGAAAUAUAUAUACACAUCACCAUUUCAAUUAUGCUUUUUGUCCAAUGUUGAUUUGCACAGGAUUAGCCAGUGGUGUUUCACAUGUCCUGUGCCUUUUUUUCCUUUUAAUCCCCCCCUCACAUAGACACAGGUGCCAUCAUUUACCAGCUGUGUGAAGGCCAAUUUCUGUCUCUCCUUUCCCACAGAGAAUACAUGCAGUUUAAACCUGUAGCGUCACCAGAGACUGCAGUGUUUUCCCCCCACAAUCAGGUUGGAAGAAAAUGUUUGCAAGGCAAUACUGUUGCAUUCACAGAUCAGGAGAUCACUUGCUGCACCAGUUUCCUCUCCCGACCACCACGUAGAACAAAAUGUAACAGGGCUGUAAGGCACAUGUAACCGCUUGAAUCCGAGAUGGCUGACAAAUUCCUAUACUCAUUGAAUGUACUGUAUUACUGUUUUUAAAGAUAGGAUGAGCUAAUCUAGUCACCUUUUGUUAUUGGUCCUUGUUUAAUUUGUCUAAGGUAUUUUUUGUAUACAAAGGUUUACAUUUUUAUGUAUAUUUUUCUUGUGUACAAAAUAUGUAAUAUGUGUACAAACACUGUAUGUAAUAUCUGUAUAUAGCGUGAGAAAUUUGAUCUUUUGUUUUUGGAUGUAUAAAUAAAAACUUGCUGUGAGGUAUUUGCUGACACUGA